AUGGCUCUUCAUGCUCUACGGCACUUCAAGGUUACUUGUGAUCAGAAGCAUGGGUUUGACAUAAUAGUGAGUGAACUUCGUAACACAAAAAAUGUUGAAUAUCAGACAAGGCUGCUUUCUUUCAUCAACUGCCUAACACUGGGCUGCCACAAUGUCCACAAGCGUGUGCAGAUCAGGAAUGAAUUGCUUGGUCGUGGGCUUGGACCAAUCCUGAGUUCACGAAGUGCAACUGAUGAUAAGGAGCUACAGAUGCAAGUUUCAGCAUUCAUUGAUUACCAACACAGAGAUGAGAUGGAAUUAGAAUCAACAAAACAACUAACUCAUCAUCAGUUGUUUGAAGCAAUAUUCGAAAAGAUAGCAGAUACACCACAUGCUGUCAGGUUCCACUCCAUGCUACAAAAGCUUGCACAGCUAGAUCCAACAAAUCCAAAUGUGGACAGUGUGUGGGAAGCACUUGACUCUCUUUCAUCUGAAGCUAUAAAACCUGGGUUUUCUAUCCACAAAAAGCCAGCACGCACUCAAAAAUAUCAUGAAAGAAGAGCUGACAGUAUUAUCAAAACACAUUCUUUUUAUAUCCUUAAUACAAGCACAGUGUCUACGCAGACCGAGGUGGAAUAUACAAGAGAAGUAAAGCAACUUUGUGAUAAUGAGAAACAGCAUCAGUUGUCACCAUCAGAAGCAAAACUGUCAUUCCCAGCACCACCUCCUCUUCCUCCACCUCCACCUUGUCUGCCACUGCCACUUAUUUCAGUGGUGUCAUCAGCUAUUCCAUCAGCUUCAGGGGUGCUAUCACCUUCAUCACUUGGAGGUUACAGUUCUCAACAAAAAAAUUAUGUACCUCCACCUCCUCCAAUUCCCAAUAGUGACAGCUUUGAAACACUGAUGUUACAUAGGAGACAUUCACUUCCAGCACAUUUACCAGAUUCUGCAAGUUUGUGGACACCAGUAAAGGACAAGUCUAACACACUACCACUGCCCAAGCGGAAGAUGAAAACCCUAAGCUGGACAAAGAUUCCAGUCUCUAUGAUAGGUGAAUCAGUAUGGACUGAAAUGCAGAGCGAAGCAAAGAGUCUUAGAGUUGAUUUCAAGCAAAUGGAAGAACUGUUCUGUCAGAAAACUGCUACUGUGCAACAUCGAAAGUCUUCUCCAGUAACACUUCCAGCACCAAUAACUCCCAAGAUCACUUUACUGGAAACCAAGAGAGAUCUGGCAGUAAACAUUUAUCUAAAACAGUUCAAAUUGGGAGGGAAAGCAGUCAUAGAAGUUAUAGAGAACCUUAAAGGAGGUGAUAUAGGUCCUGAGAAACUGAAAGCUCUCUUGCCACUACUUCCCACAGAAAAAGAGGUAGGCCUAAUCUGA